GUUCGCUUUCACCUGGCCUACCACAACGAACAACCUCAUCCGGGUAUCCACCUCUUCCCAUGCCCCCCGUCCCGUCCCCGUCCAUGCCCAUGGUAAUCGAACUCCCUUCUUUAAUCUUUUGAACAUGUCCUUCCCUCCCACAUCUCACCAUCAGUGCUCCUAAUCAGCCUCCACCGAGAGUGUUGUUCAACUCACCUACCUCGCGCGGCAUUCUCACUGCUGCCUCCUUUCCCUCCGAGGACCUCAACAAGCGCAAAACUUACUUGGGUUGUUGCGUGUUGCGCCUGAGCUGUCGACCGACCUUUUCGCGCCCUGGUAUUUUUUUUCUUAGCCCGGCCGACCUACCCUCCGAAUACACGCACCCCGAUUUCGAUAUUCAAACCGACCACGAUGGAUUCCAACGCGACGACCUUCACUUCGGUGUUGGCCAAUGCCAAGCUCGGCAAUGUCAACAUUCCCCCUCAAGUCGACUAUGUGAUCGAGAAGGUGGCCAAUGCCAGCAUCGUGACGAUCCUGUUUACGCUGCUGGCUCUCGCUGUCGCAUAUGACCAGAUCAGCUACAUCACUUCCAAGGGCUCCAUUGCUGGCCCUACCUUCAAGAUGCCCUUCAUCGGCCCCUUCUUGGAGUCUGUGAACCCCAAGUUCUCCGAGUACAAGGCCAAGUGGGCCAGCGGCCCUCUCAGCUGUGUUUCUGUCUUCCACAAGUUCGUCGUCAUUGCCUCAACCCGCGACAUGGCCCGUAAAGUCUUCAACUCUCCUGGCUAUGUCAAGCCUUGUGUUGUUGAUGUCGCCCACAAGCUCCUCGGUCCCACCAACUGGGUGUUCCUCGACGGCAAGCCGCACGUUGACUUCCGCAAGGGUCUCAACGGCCUCUUCACCCGCCAGGCUUUGGCCUCUUACCUGCCCGGCCAGGAGGCAGUGUACAAGCAGUAUUUCCAGGAGUUCCUCCAGAUUACCAAGGAUGCCGGCGGCGAGGCCCGUCCUUUCAUGCCUGCUUUCCGGGAUGUCAUGACCGCUGUUUCGUGCCGCACUUUCGUCGGCUACUACAUCUCCGACGAGGCCGUCCGCAAGAUUUCGACCGACUACUUCCUCAUCACCGAGGCUCUCGAGCUCGUCAACUUCCCCCUUAUUCUGCCCUUCACCAAGCCCUGGUACGGAAAGAAGGCCUCCGACAUGGUUAUCGGCGAGUUCGCCAAGUGCUCUGCCAAGAGCAAGGUUCGCAUGGCUGCCGGAGGCGAGGUGACCUGCAUCAUGGACGCCUGGGUCAAGUCCAUCCUCGAGUCCAAGAAGUGGCGCGAGGCCGAGGCCGCUGGCAAGACUGAGGGUCUCGAGAAGCCCCACCCUCUUCUUCGCGAGUUCUCCGAUUAUGAGAUCGCUCAGACUGUCUUUACCUUCCUCUUCGCCUCCCAGGAUGCCACCAGCAGUGCCGCCACUUGGCUCUUCCAGACCAUGGCUCAGCGCCCCGACAUCCUCGACCGUGUCCGCGAAGAGAACAUCAAAGUUCGCAACGGCGAUCGCCAUGCUGAGUUGAACAUGGACCAGCUCGAGUCCCUGACUUACACCCGUGCCGUCGUCCGCGAGUUGCUCCGCUACCGUCCUCCCGUCCUGAUGGUUCCCUACGUCGUCAAGAAGCCCUUCCCCAUUACCCCCGAGUACACCGUUCCCAAGGGCGCCAUGGUCAUUCCCACCGUUUACCCUGCGCUCCGUGAUCCCGAGGUGUACGACCGCCCCGACGAGUUCGAUCCCGAGCGUUACUACACCGGCGAUGCGGAGGAGAAGGGCGCCAAGAACUUCCUCGUUUUCGGAACCGGCCCUCACUACUGUAUCGGCCAGACCUAUGCUCAGCUCAACCUAGCCCUGAUGAUCGGGAAAGCCUCCGUCAUGUUGGACUGGGUGCACCAUCCCACGCCCAAGUCGGAGGAGAUCAAGGUGUUCGCUACCAUCUUUCCCAUGGAUGACUGCCCUCUCACCUUCAACGAGCGCACGGCAUAGAUCUCUUAUAACUCUUUUCCCUAGGCUAUGGGCUGGCAGUGAUUUCGCCCAAUGAAUGAGCUGGGCCCGGCUGACGCUGCAAGACCACCGCUAGCGCGCCCCUGUCAGUGUCAGACGCCACUUUAAUCGACUCUCGGAACGGGAGGCUCGUAAAACUCGAGUCGAGAUUGGUCAACCCCAGAUCCCUAGACUAAAACUUGUAAUAGACGUUUAUGUGUACAUAAUUUUUCAGGAGAGUAGUCCUAAAAAGAGCGGGCGAUGCCGCGGACUUUGGGUUGUUUAGGGAUUAUCAUACCCAGGCGAGGAUGGACAUUGGGUAAACGGCCGAUGCGAAUGAUGCUGG